UCCGCUCCUCCUCCCCCCUCCCGGCGCAGAGGGGCCCGAAGAGGCCGGAGGAGCGGGCUCAGGACGGGAUUUCUGAGGAAGGGGAGAGGACGGGCGCCCCACCCGCUCGGAGGGUGGGGGGCUCGGUGAACGAUGAAGGGCCGGCGGCGGCGGCGCCGGGAGUCCUGCAAGUUUGCGCUGCUCUUGGUGCUGUACACGCUGGUGCUGCUGCUCAUCCCCUCCGUGCUGGACGGCGGCCGCGACGGCGACAAGGGCGCUGGGCACUGCCCGGGCGUGCAGCGCAGCCUGGGAGUCUGGAGCUUGGAGGCGGCGGCGGCGGGCGAGCGCGAGCAGGGCGGGGAGGCGCGGCCGGCCGCGGAGGGGGACGCGGGCCAGCCCCCCCGGCCCCCGGGCAACCUCAGCGGCGCCGUCGGGGAGGCGGUGUCUCGCGAGAAGCAGCACAUCUAUGUGCAUGCCACCUGGCGCACCGGCUCGUCGUUCCUGGGCGAGCUCUUUAACCAGCACCCGGACGUUUUCUACUUGUACGAGCCCAUGUGGCAUCUAUGGCAGGCGCUGUAUCCGGGCGACGCCGAGAGCCUGCAGGGCGCGCUGCGCGACAUGCUGCGCUCGCUCUUCCGCUGCGACUUCUCGGUGCUGCGGCUGUACGCGCCGCCGGGGGACCCCGCCGCGCGCGCCCCGGGCGCAGCCAAUCUCACCACGGCUGCCCUCUUUCGCUGGCGGACCAACAAGGUCAUCUGCUCGCCGCCGCUGUGCCCCGGCGCGCCCCGUGCCCGCGCUGAGGUCGGCCUCGUCGAGGAUGCCGCCUGCGAGCGCAGCUGCCCGCCCGUGGCUCUACGCGCCCUGGAGGCCGAGUGCCGCAAGUACCCGGUGGUGGUCAUCAAGGACGUGCGCCUCCUCGACCUGGGCGUGCUGGUGCCCCUGCUGCGGGACCCCGGCCUCAACCUGAAGGUGGUGCAACUUUUCCGCGACCCGCGGGCCGUGCACAACUCGCGCCUCAAGUCCAGGCAGGGGCUGCUGCGCGAGAGCAUCCAGGUGCUGCGCACCCGCCAGCGGGGCGACCGCUUCCACCGCGUGCUACUGGCGCACGGCGUGGGCGCUCGGCCCGGGGGCCAGGCCCGCGCCCUGCCCGCCGCACCGCGCGCCGACUUCUUCCUGACCGGCGCGCUCGAGGUGAUCUGCGAAGCCUGGCUGCGCGAUCUCCUGUUCGCGCGCGGCGCGCCCGCCUGGCUGCGGCGCCGCUACCUGAGGCUGCGCUACGAGGACCUGGUGCGGCAGCCGCGCACCCAGCUGCGCCGCCUGCUGCGCUUCUCCGGGCUGCGCGCGCUCGCCGCGCUCGACGCCUUCGCGCUCAACAUGACGCGGGGCGCGGCCUACGGCGCCGACCGACCCUUCCACCUGUCGGCGCGCGACGCCCGCGAGGCCGUGCACGCCUGGCGCGAGCGCCUGAGCCGAGAGCAGGUGCGCCAGGUGGAGGCGGCCUGCGCUCCAGCCAUGCGCCUGCUGGCCUACCCUCGCAGCGGAGAGGAGGGCGAGCUGGAGCCGCCCGUGGAGGAGGAGAAGCCGCUUGAGACCGAGGCCGACGGCGCCACGUAG